UUCAGUGAGUUGAGGACCAGGCACUGACCAUGGAGUACCGGACGGUGAUCAUGUACGUGGAGAUCGGCUGCUUUGUGUCCUGCCUGUGCGGCUGGAUCCUGGUGUGCUCCACCCUUCCCACAGAGUACUGGACGUUCUCCGAGGUGGGCAGCAUCGUCCUGACCACCUCCAACUACUACUCCAACCUGUGGAGAGACUGCAUCUCAGACACCACGGGGGUGUCCGACUGCAAGGACUACCCCUCCAUGCUGGCCCUCCCUGUGUACCUGCAUGCCCUCAGAGCACUUGCGGUCUGCUCGGUAAUCACCGGCUUCUUCGGAGGAGUCCUCACGCUCAUCGGGAUGAAAUGCACCAAAAUUGGUGGGACGGAGAUUACCAACGCACGGGUGACGUUUUCUGCUGGUAUAACCUACUUGGUUUCAGGAUUUUGUGGCAUGAUCACAUACUCGUGGUGGGCUAACAGAGUCAUAACGGAAUUUGUGGAUCCGAACUUCAAGGCCCAAAAGUUCGAACUGGGCGCGGCUGUUUUCAUUGGCUGGGGAGGCUCCAUCCUUCUCAUUAGUGGGGCAACAGUUCUCACUUACUUCUCUGGGAAAGAAGGCGUACUACCUAGGUCAUCGAAAGGGCCAAGAAGGCCGGCUUCUUACGCCACUGUCCGCACCAGGCGGACGUACAUGCAGCCGCCGUCGUCGUCCAGGGUGACUCUAGUGCCGCCGCUGUAUUAUUCGGACAGGAGGAGUCAAACUACCAGAGGGACAACGAGGACCGCUCCCAUCCAGAGUCGGGACACCAUUGUAUGAGCUUAAAAAAACGUUAAACCCAGGAGUUACCGAGCGGUUUCUGGGGAACGUUGGCUGUCUGUUUGUACUCAGAAGUCAAGUUUUUAGAGUCCAGUAUCCAAUAGAAAUACAGCAUUGAUAAACUGCCCUUUCAGCAGAAGAAG